CGGUAGUACCGGUAGCGGAGGGGCACUUUUGGAAAGACGAAUUCCUGAUGACCAAGGUCAAAGAGAAUGAAGCAUUGCCAGAGGGGUGCAAGUCUUGGCAUGUAGACUAAUCCCUAGCCCUGAACUGAACCACCAACUUUCAUCCUAGCACCUCAAAGCAGCAGGAGCUUCCUUCAACUCUCGCAAGGCGGUGAGCCCACUCACCAACAACAACACGGUCAAAACCAUAAUCCUUCAGCUCGCCCCACGAUCCUACUCCUAGCCCCCAAUUCUUCCAAAAAGUUACACAAAUCCUCCCACCGCCCGUCUCAAUUACGUUUAAUAAUGCCGUACAACUCGUCCGCAAUACCCCCUUCCGAGGAGGUUACCGGCCAUUCUGCUCUCCCCCGUGAGCUAUUCGCAAAUUUUUAUUCCUUCUUGCCCGUUACCCACUAACGCAUCGUAGUCUCCCGGGUUAAGAAAAUCAUAAGACUCGACGACGAUGUCAACGGUUGUUCCAACAAUGCUGCUUUCCUUGUUACCAUUGCUGCUGUGAAUAUUUUCCCUCCCACCCUCCAAAUAUGCCCUCGAACACAGCGAGGUUGACGUUCUACAAAGGAAAUGUUUGUCCAGUACCUCGCAGAGCAGGGGCUCAAAAUGACCUAUAGUGACCGAAAGCAACGGAAGACAAUGCAGUAUAAAGACCUGGGUAAAUUACGUCCUUGUACGGUUUCUAUUGAAAUUUCCUAACGGGAGAUAUAGCUGCCGCUGUAGCCAGAGUAGAAAACCUCGAAUUCCUCGCAGAUGUUAUCCCGCCUACGGUGCCGUACAAGCAGGUUCGGGAACGGAAGAACAAGACGGUUAAGGACGCCGAGGCCGGCCAAUUGACGCUGAACGGGCAGAGGAUAUUGCCAAUAGGAUCAUCAAACGGUCGUAAAAAGGGUUCCGCAGAGACUGACACUAUCGCCGCCGCUGGCGGUCGGGAGAGGGGGGUUAACGGAGAUAAGGGCAACGAGAUAGAAAUGAGUUAGGUCCCUUUUACGACCGGGAUGGGUCAGGGCUUGCUUGAUAGGGGCGUAUUUCGCGAGAUCUCCUCACAUCCACUGAUAGACAGAAAGUAGUGCUUGGGCGGGUUCAUGUGAUGAGGAUACGCGGAAUUGGGAGGGAGUAGGCUGCGUUUUUCCUCCGCCCCCGGGAAUAACUCUUACCCCUGUUUUUGCUAUCCCGAUUGGAGUUUUUCUCCGGCGAGUGGUUUUACUUUCCUUUUGGCUGAUGGGAUUUUAAAGUGAGGACUGGCGGUGCGCUUCUACUUUGGUCAUAACGAGAUAGAUUCUCUCCCGCUCGGUAGUUAACCCCAUAGUUAGCUAGCCUCACAAACACAUGCGAAGAAUCGACCGCCAAUUCUCAAGAUU